AUGUCAUCGGCAAUACUAUUCGCUUCAAAAAAGUCGUUUCCUGCAGCUCACAAUGCUGUGCGAACUAAUUGGACCAGAUAUUCCUCAGCAUUGAACACGUCUACAAAUCCUGCGAUGCAGUUUCCAUGCCUAGAUAAACUCGAAAAGAAAACUGCAAAGCUUAGAGGAGAUGACUCAGAUCCUAACACACCAAGCUCCAAGAUGUCAUGCUCUAUGGAAGAGGAUGCCACAUCCGCAUCUUCAAAGAAUGACCCAGUUUACGGGAAAGUGAGAUCAGGAUUUCAGCUUUUCAAAUCUAAACAACCUAUAUUUCUAGACUACGGUGGAGUGCUACCGAAUUUUGAGUUGGCAUAUGAGACCUGGGGCACUUUAAAUGAAGAUAAAUCUAAUGCUAUUUUAAUACAUACAGGACUUAGUGCAUCGUCACAUGCACAUUCCUCAUCGUCGAACGAAAAACCUGGCUGGUGGGAAGACUUCAUAGGGCCUGGAAAUUCAAUCCUAGACACUGAUAAGUGGUUCAUUAUCUGUACAAAUGUAUUAGGAGGGUGCUACGGAUCUACAGGCCCUUCGUCUCUAGAUCCUGGAGACGGGAAACCGUAUGCAACGAGGUUCCCAAUGCUCUCAAUUCAGGAUAUGAUCAGAGCUCAGAAGAGGUUAAUUGACUGCUUCGGAAUUACCAAAUUGAAAGCAUCAGUUGGAAGUUCCAUGGGGGGAAUGCAAUCUUUGGCUUAUGGUCAACUAUUUCCAGAUUCAGUGGAAAAAAUUGUUUCUGUCUCAGCAUGCGCGAGGUCUCAUCCAUCAUCUAUAGCAAUGAGACAUGCACAGAGACAGGUACUAAUGGCAGAUCCCAAUUGGAAAAGAGGAUUUUAUUAUCCAAGUGAAGAGCAUCCGGAUAGAAUACCUCCUCAUGUCGGCAUGAAAUUAGCAAGAGAAAUAGCAACUGUCACUUAUAGAUCAGGCCCAGAAUGGGAAUCAAGGUUCGGAACAGAAAGAUUAGAUGAUGACAGGUCUCCUGUUCUAUGUCCAGAUUUUCUUAUUGAGACUUACCUGGAUCACCAAGGGGAGAAGUUUUCCUUAGAAUAUGACGCAAACUCAUUCUUAUACAUUUCAAAGACGAUGGAUUUAUUCAGCUUAUCAAAGUCCGACCAAGAGCGCAGCCAGAAACGAAGAUUGCAAAGUCAAAGAGAUUUUGAAAGUGGUGUUUUGCCUUCGUCAAGGCUGCCGGAUGAGCCAUACAAGUAUAAGAAAAGACGGAGAACAACAACGAUAGAAGAAAGCAGAAAAGAUCUCGAAGCGGGGAUGACUCAACUUCUAGAUAAAGAUAUCUUGGUGAUUGGUGUUAAGACAGACUCCCUCUUCCCGUAUUGGCAACAAAGAGAGAUUGUUGAACUUUUAAAGGGACCGAACGAUAAUGUGACACAUGUUGAAUUAGACGAGAAUGCGUCAUUGUACGGACACGAUACUUUCCUUCUAGAUUUAGAAAUAGUCGGAUCGAGCAUAGGCAAAUUCCUCCGUGAUCAGCUAUAA